UGUGGUAUCUUCACACAGAGAGAGAGAGAGAGAAAGAGAGAGAGAGGGAGAGAGAGUUGGGCGCGUGCAUGUGUGCUCUCUCUCUCUACUGGAGGUGGGCGGAGUCGAGGCGUCGUGGCUGUAACGCGAUAGCUGCUCAGCUCAAAAUCAUUCUCACACACACACACACACACCUCCCAGACUGUGGACACACUUACCGGUCCGGUGUCAUCAGGCAGUAACGGAGCCGCCGCUACCAGAGAGAGACACAGAGAGACAGGAGGAGAGAGGAGCGGUGCUGCAAGGAGGUGGCACACGGACAUGAGCGCUCUUCUUUCUUUUUUGGAGAGCUAGAGCGCACACGUCUUAUUUCUUAUUCUGUGGACUUGCCGGCGCUUUCUGAGAGAGUCUCUCUCACUGUGGACUCCAGCGUUCGAGAAGCCAUCCAGCGUUCGAGAAGCCAUUCAGCGUUCUGGAACCCUCGCGUGCGCAACGUUCGGCGCACCUUGGAGCCGCUCUGUCUCUGGCGCGUCUCUGGAGCGCACCAGCCUCUCCAAGCUGCGGAGCGCACAGCACUAAAUCGAUCCAGGAGUUUGUUUUUGGUCACUAUUUUUUUUUUUUUUUUUUGUGGAUGAGGUUGAGUGGCUCUGUUUAUAAAUGGACUUAAAUAGAAAAAUCUGUGAAUUUCUUCAAAGACAUGUAGUUGGCAUAUAGUUCCCCUCCAACCAUGGUUUAAUAAACGGGAUUAUUGCUUUUUUGACUGCUGCCUGGUGCUAUACAGGGGUGUGGAUUUUUUUUUGCAGCGUUUCCUCUUCUCCAGACUGUGGAAAACACUAUAAACUGAGCGAGUUUCUUCAUCAUCCAAGAUGGAUUUUGAGUCAUCGCUGAUUGGAUUUUUAAUGGCAAUGUGUCAUCUGGCGUUGGGAGUCAGAGGAGGAGAAGAGGCGCCAGAGUGCGGAGGCGUCUUCGAUGCCAGCGAGGCCGGUUACAUCACCUCCCCCGGUUACCCUCUGGAGUACCCGCCUCACCAGAACUGCCACUGGAUCAUCACGGCGCCGGAGCCCUCGCAGCGCAUCGUCCUCAACUUCAACCCGCACUUUGAGAUCGAGCGGCUGGACUGCAAGUAUGACUUCAUCGAGAUCCGCGACGGGACUUCGGAGAAUGCCGACGUUCUGGGUCGACACUGCAGCAACAUCGCCCCGGCGCCAAUCAUCUCAUCCGGAGCCUCCCUCCAGAUCCGAUUUGUAUCGGACUACGCCCACCAGGGGGCGGGCUUCUCUCUGCGCUACGAGAUCUUCAAGACAGGGUCGGAAUUCUGCUUCCGCAACUUCACCAGCUCCUCCGGCAUGAUCGAGUCCCCGGGCUUCCCGGAUAAGUACCCGCACAACCUGGAGUGCUCCUACAUGAUCAUCGCCCCGCCGCACAUGGACAUCACGCUCACGUUCCUGACCUUUGACCUGGAGAACGACCCCCUGCUGGUGGGAGAGGGCGACUGCAAGUACGACUGGCUGGACGUGUGGGACGGGCUGCCACAAGUGUCUCCUCUGAUCGGCCGGUACUGCGGGACAAAGAUCCCCCCAGAGAUCCAGUCGUCCUCCGGCCUGCUGUCCCUCUCCUUCCACACCGACAUGGCCGUGGCCAAAGACGGCUUCUCCGCCCGCUACAACAUGACGCACAAAGAAGUCAGCGACUCGUUCCACUGCAGCAUGGCGCUCGGCAUGGAGUCGGGGAAGAUCAGCGACGAUCAGAUCACCGCCUCGACGACCUUCUACGACAACCGCUGGUUGCCGCGGCAGGCCCGCCUCAACAACGACGACAACGCCUGGACGCCUUCAGAGGACAGCAACAAGGAGUUCAUACAGGUCGACCUCCACUUCCUGAAGGUUCUGACGGGCAUCGCCACACAGGGGGCCGUUUCCAAGGAGACGCAGAAGUCCUACUACGUCACCACAUUCAAGCUGGAGGUCAGCACCAACGGGGAGGACUGGAUGGUCUACCGGCACGGCAAGAACCACAAGAUUUUCCACGCCAACACAGACCCAGCUGAGGUGGUUCUGAACCGAGUCCCGCAGCCAGUCCUGGCCCGGUUCGUGCGCAUCCGACCACAGACCUGGAGGAACGGCAUCGCCCUGCGCUUCGAGAUCUACGGAUGCCAGAUCACAGAUGCUCCGUGUUCGGACCUGCAGGGCCUGCUGUCCGGCCUGCUGCCCGACGCACAGAUCUCCGCCUCCUCCAGCAGGGAUAUGGUGUGGAACCCCAGCACCGCCCGCUUGGUGGCUAGUCGCUCCGGCUGGUUUCCCGCACCCGCACAGCCCCUCGCUGGAGAGGAGUGGCUCCAGGUGGACCUCGGCCUGCCCAAGACGGUGCGCGGCGUGAUCACCCAGGGAGCGAGGGGAGGCGACGCAGGAAGCGGGGCGACCACAGACAACCGGGCGUUCGUCAGAAAGUACAAAGUGGCGCACAGCCUGAACGGGAAGGAGUGGAAUUUCAUCAUGGAUAGAAAGACCAGCCUGCCCAAGAUCUUUGAGGGUAACACACACUACGACACCCCAGAGCUGCGCCACUUUGAGGAGAUCGUGUCCCAGUACAUCCGGCUGUAUCCAGAGAGGUGGUCUCCAGCAGGAAUCGGGAUGAGAGUGGAGAUACUGGGCUGUGACCUUCCAGAAACCACCACGACGGCCGACACCGUCACGCCAACUCUGCCUGCUGACAUUGAAACCACCACCAUCCCCAUUACGACUACAGUCGCCACCUCUCAUCCACAAGGCGUGUGCGACUUUGACCACGACCUGUGUGGGUGGACGCACGACCCCAACGCCCCUCUGCUCUGGUCGCUGCACAGCCACGAGCUCAACAGCUAUCUGUACAUGGACGCCAGCCUGAAGACGGAGCAGCAGCAAGCGCGCCUCGUGAGCCCCGUGGUGGUGGCGGAAGCCGGGCCCUUCUGCCUCAUCUUCUCCUACCAGCUGUCCGGGGAGGCCCAGGGCCACCUGAAGGUCCUGCUGCGGGACGCCCACAACGAGGAGAGCGUAGUGUGGACGCUGAAAGACGACCAGGGCCCUGUCUGGAGGGAGGGUCGCACCAUCCUGCCGCAAUCUCCUAAAGACUUCCAGGUUGUGAUGGAGGGUUUCUUUGUGCACGGCACCAGAGGACACAUCUGGAUAGACAACAUCCACAUGAGCCCCAGCACCCCUCUGAAAGAGUGUACACAACCCUUUGCGGCUUUUUCUCCCGAAAAUUCAGGGGGAGGCGUUCCUGUGCCUCCCUUGCCCAUCCACUGGUAUUACAUUAUGGCCGCCGGGGGCGCCCUCCUUCUCCUUGCUGUGGCCAUCUUGGUCAGGGCCCUCUGUUGCUGCCGACAACACCUGGCCACCAAGAAGAGCCAACUGUCGGUGGCCUAUCACAGCUCCUCGCAGUGCUUCCAGUACUCUAACUGGUCCUCCAGUAUGGCCGCCCCAGGGGUGGAGCCAGUCCUGACAGUGAGGCUGGACAGCCGGGACCGACACCGUACCCUCUGCUGAAAAAGAAGCACUUAGCCGCGUUGUGUUUGGCAGAGCAGGACGCCAACUCGUGAUGUCGGUGGCGACAUCCACUCGACGAAAACCCCCUCCCUCAUUUAGUUUACAGUUGCAAAGGGUGAUGAUGACUAAACUGCCAAGUGGGAAUUUGCAAAGAAACACUGUGCUCUCUCUCUCUAUGUGUCUCUAAUGGAUGUAGCUGCGGUUGCUGUUUUCUUCUUUGUUCCAUUAAGGAGUUUGCUGUUGACAUUUCACACUAUGCUGCUCCUGAUGAGAGGACUGAAGUCUGUUAUUUAUCCGAGCAGCUUGCCUCGGACCAUUGAGUGCCGUCUGGCUCCUCAUAACCCCAACGGUCCUCCUGGAAUGACCCCAGCACGGACGUACACACAGACAUGUGUGGGGCUGGGAAGAGAAGGGGGUCGAGCCGGUUUCCGCCGCGAGAGCCAGCCAGAGCUGCCAAACCACAGGCUAAAACAAGACCCCAGAGACACGAGGAGCUCUGCAGCACUGAGAGAGAGAGAGGAGAAAACUGUUAGGCUGAGAGGCAUUCAACGUGCUCGCUGUGGAAACGAUCUGGCAAGCCCCAGAAAAUAAAGCUCUUGGUACCUCUGUAAUAACAACACGAGAUAGCUGUGAUAUGAGUUGUACCAAUAGUGAGGGGGUUGUCCUCCUUCCAUUGUGCUUUUCAACAGAGCAUGUGCACAUUUAAAAACAAAAGGAAUGCAAAUCCAUCAUACUUUAAGUCCUGCAUCACAAAUGGAGAUAACCAGCUCGUUUGAUUGAACGUCUUGUCUCCUCCUGAUAAAGGCAUCAGUCAGUGAUGGAUGCGGCCGUCUUCAGUGUUUAGUGUUUCAUCUUGAUUCUCUGGCGUAAUAAAGCACGUUGUUCCCACUCCCACUUAGGCUCCGCACCACCCACUCCCCCGUUGUUCCCCCAUGUCUUUUUGAGCUGCCCAGAUGAAAACUCGUGCUGAGCCGAGCCUCGUUGUGAUUUCAGUGGGAAUAUGUGCUUGUUGUUUUUAGGGUUGUAAAUAGACACAGCUGUCUGCCAUCACCGUUUUCUGUCUUGAUUUAUGCUCCUACAAAUCCCACAAUGCCGCCGAACCAGCUGGAUGCCAUAAGUGCAGUGUUUUGUUGUAUAUGUGCACCCUUGAGAGGGAUCCAAGAUGUUAUGGAAAACAGAGCGGAGCUCCAGCUAUCGACGGUUCUUCCUCUAGUGCCAUAAGACGCCAUGAAUGGCUAUUAACAUAUAAUAAGACGUAGCUAUUGCACUCAUACUAAUGUUUAACAUAUCUAAAAAGCCUAUUUUAUUGUGAAAUUUCUCCAACCGAGAGACAAAUUGGCACCAGUUUCUGUCUCAUCAGUCGGUGCAAGAGGUGGGGAGAUUCAGUUCAACACCCCAGAUUGAAUGAAAUUGAGGUCUUCACUCUGCGGCUUAACGGGCCGUGCUUUCGUGAUCUGUCACACCAGCAAAAAAUCCAUCACCCCCACUAUAGCCCCGCAGCUCAGCAGAACGCACCUCCAUUUGUCGCCACAAUUUCCAAGCUGCACUUUUCUCCUCAGAGUGAAAAAGAAGUGUUUUUUGGCACGCUCUCGCUCUGCGCUUUUAAAUCAGCUCGGAGAGGAGGGGAUUGGACACCCUACUCGGGCCAUCUCGACACCGUUACGCUCCAAGCCUCUAAUAGUUGUAAUUAGUUAAUGGACAGAUAACAUUUAUUAAGGCUGCGGUAAGCACUUUUCCCUCCCAUCUACCGCACCUCCGCCGCCCCGAUCCGCUGCCAACUCCAGUUGCCCCGGAAACAGCAUUAAUAACGCCAUUGGCUAUCAAAAGACCUCCAGAUCUAGACGUGUGCCUUGCCAAGCAGCUACUCCCACUCCCGCACGCUUGCCAAGAGCAGCGAGCGCAAACUCACACACGUAGACACACAAAGUGAAAAAGAAAAACUCAUCUAAAGUAUAAGUACACUUGAGCUAUUUGGCUCCAGCCAUCGCUAGUUUUUACCCCACUUAUAAUCUUCCACUUCACGUACAUUUCAAUUUUCGGUUCACACCCACCUGGCAGUGAGUUUUCAUAGAAGCACUACUUAAAUGUUGUUGUUGUUUUUCCUUUCAUCAUCUUAUACACCACUCUUAAACUUGACAGUUAACAGUGUCGAUGAUUUUAACGGUGAUAAUGAUGGGUUAAUGUUAAUUAUUUGAUGAUGUUUGCAUCUUUAUUCACACGGAAUGAACAGUCUUAUACCAUCAGUAUGCUAUGUGAUGACUGUGUGUUCGACAGGAAUGUAUCAUAAUGAUCUUUCUCUAUUAAUAAAGUCAUAUUUUUCUAUUA